AUGAAGGUCGGCAUUCUACUCGCCGGUGUGCUCGGUACCUCUAUGGUAGCGGCCUCUAGACAAUUCAAUGUCGCCAAAAUGGAGAAGAUGAUGUCGCUCAAAACCCAGCAAUGGGCGGAGGCUGCUGCCAAUGGCUUGUUCGCCGGAUCCCGGAAGUACAAGAAAUCCAAUGGUGUCACCAAAUGCGUCAAUGGCUACGCAGGCGAAUACAUGUGCAACAAUGUUGACAUGCACGCUUUCCUCUCCCACGAAGAUCUCGGUUCAAAGACCCUCGCCGGGAACGACAUCUGGGGCUGGACAUCCGCGAAUGGCCGUGAGUUUGGUAUUGUCGGCCAGACCGAUGGUGUCGCUUUUGUGGAGAUUGUCAGGAACGGCCAGCUGAUCUAUCUCGGGCGUCUCGAUACCUACACGACCCCCACCUCAUGGCGUGAUAUGAAAGUCAUCAAGAACCACGUCUACAUUGGAUCCGAAGCUACAGAUCACGGUCUACAGAUCUUCGAUCUCAGGAAACUCCUCCAAGUUAACCCUAGAUACCCGCGUGUGUUCCUCAACGCUGUGGACCUCACCGCCCACUAUGCGGGCUUCGGUGCCUCUCACAAUAUCGUCGCUCAUGAGGAGACCGACAUGAUCUACGCCGUCGGUGGUCGCAAUGGUGCCAACAGCCGCAAUACGCCCUGCGCGGGCGGUCUGUUCAUGGUUGAUGUUUCCGAUCCUGCCAACCCAACGUCUCCGGGCUGCGUUGGCGCAGGCGGCUAUGUUCACGACGCACAGUGCGUCAUCUACAAGGGCCCUACCACCGAGUUCGUCGGCAAGGAGAUCUGCUUCGGAUACAAUGAAGACACCCUGACCAUCUACGACGUUACCAACAAGUCUGCCGUGGCCAUCAUCAGUGAGACGCCAUAUGUCGGCAACGCGUACACUCACCAGGGCUGGUUGAUCGAUGACACCAUGACCCACCUGUUGUUGGAUGACGAGUUGGAUGAGCUUGAAGGCGAAGGUCCGCCAGCCGGUGAACUCGGUGGAGGCGUGAACCGCACGACAACCUACCUCUUCGACGUUUCCGACCUUCAUGCUCCCAAUAACACGGGCUUCUACCAAUCUCCCGCCAAGUCCAUUGACCACAACCAAUACACCCUAGCCGGUCUCUCCUACCAGGCGAACUACGGCAGCGGUCUACGUAUCAUUGAUGUCAGUGGCGUACCGCAAGAUCCCACUGGCGGCAAUAUUGUGCAAACGGGAUUCUUUGAUUGUCAUCCCGAGGACGAUGCGACUGGUGGGGAGGUUGCGUUCUUGGGUACGUGGAGUGUGUAUCCGUAUUUCAAGAGCGGGUAUAUCCUGCUGAACAGCAUUGAGCGAGGCGUUUUUGCGUUGAAGUACAACGGGAAGAAGGCAGCAUUUUGA